CUACAUACGUGAGGCCCGAGAGCUCAGUUCGCGACAGUUGUUGCUUAGUCGUUCUCAAGGAGCCAUCUCUACUUCAACGUGACCUGACUGCGAUCAAAGAACUUGUAAAGAUUCUCAAAGGAUUCUUAAGUAACUCUUGAAGAAACUAUAGACUCUUUUAAGGGAUUUUCGAUAUUUAUCAAGGGACGAUAUUUGUCAAACGACUAUCAAAGAAUUGUCAGUAGACUUGAAAAGUCACCGAACGGAUUGAAAGAAGAAUAAGUGAGGACUUGUUAGACUUGGAGAUGGUGAACCUGAAGAGCGCUCUGGGCACCGAUGAAAUCACCGACAGGAAGGCCGGUCUCCCUCGUGCCCUUCUGGCAGAAUUUCUCGGCACUUUGCUGCUCAAUUUCUUCGGCUGCGGUGCUGUGAUGACUGCCAAUGUCGUCGCCAUAAGCCUGGCCUUUGGUCUUGUGGUAGCGGGUGCGAUUCAGGGGAUAGGCCAUGUUUCCGGUGGUCACAUCAAUCCGGCGGUCACGUUUGGUCUCAUGGUCAUUGGCAAGGUACCAAUUAUUAGGGGUAUCUUAUAUGUCGUGGCGCAAUGCGCGGGUGCCAUCGCGGGUUCAGCAAUCCUGAGGGCCCUCUCAUCUGACAUGAUGGACAAUGACUUCCUAGGCGUAGUGAGACUCUCCAGGAUUACUCCAGUCCAAGGACUCGGCGUGGAAUUCUUUCUUGCAUUGAUCCUGGUCUUGGUGGUUUGCGGCGCGUGUGAUGCCGCUAAACCGGACAGCAAGGGUAUCGCCCCCCUAAUAAUUGGCUUGGCAGUUACCGUCGGCCAUAUUGUCGGUGUGCCGCGGACAGGCGCCGGGAUGAAUCCGGCACGUUCGCUGGGCAGCGCUGUGGUGAUGGGCGCCUUCGAGGAUCAUUGGGUGUACUGGAUAGGUCCAAUUCUGGGCGGUAUCGCAGGUGCGCUUAUCUAUGUGCACGCGAUCGGCCCGGCCAAGGAACCGGAAGUGCCUGCUAGGACGUAUGCCUCUGUCGCCACCGAAGAAAAGGAGAGGUUCGAGUACAUUGACAGCGGACAUGGUGGACUUUGAAAUAUACGAAGAUGCUCAGACAUACAAGAGCGAUCUAGCGAUUCCAAUAUUGUAUAAUAGAACAUCGCUUCGUAUAUAUGCGCGAAAGAGAAAGAAAAGCGAACAUUCUAUUCUUGUUUUCCAGCUCCAGAGUCUUACCAACAGGAAAAACGUCAAUCCUGCUUGAUGCUCUAACUGACUUUAACCAUCUUUUGCCAACUCGCCAAUCGUCUUAUAGAUAACGUAGUGAGGAUUAUCGGAUAGCUUUUAUACAUAUAAAAAGUCACGCACAAAAUUGAAUUUUUCAAAUCACUUUUUAAAGGAGUGUUCUUAGAGAAAUAUUGUGACGAUAUCAGUGUUGUUAAGAAUGCAGAACGAUCUAAAAAUGCAAUCACCCGCAUUGCAAUUGCCAAUUUAUGAAAAUAUUCACAUAAACUGUAAUUAACUAGAGUUUAAUUGUUUCAUAGAUUAUUCUGUAUAAUCGCAUGAAAUAAUGAAACAAUGACGUCAGAAAUG